ACUUUUCUUCCCACUCUCUCUCUCCGGUCUUCUUCAAAGCAAAAAAACUGAAAAUUUUCUCUCAACAACAUUUGUUUCCCGAAUUUUACUCCUCCAAUUUUAAUCUGAGGCUCGAAUCUGUAAUUACAAUUGAUCUGUAAAAUUGUUAAAGUACCAUUAAACAAUAUGUUUGAGCCCCAACAUUUGGUAGAUUUACAAGAUAACCGCUCAGCAACUGCUGCCGCCGGCACGGCUGAACCUAACUCGUGGCUUUCCGGCGACGUUCGCCUCCAUCAUACGGCAUCCUCCUCUCCUUCUUCUCUGCACCGUACGCUCUCUGCGCUCUCCAAUGCCUCAGCCGCCGGCAGCUAUGACCCUGUCCUCUUUAACGACCUCGUCGAAAUGGUCCCCCUCGUUCAGUCACUCAUUGAUCAGAAGGUGAAUCCUUCGUUUACUCGGAGAGGUUCAAUGAUCUAUACCAAGACACCGUCUAGAGAAUCACUUGCUCGAAAGACAGCUGAAGUAAAGGCGAGGAAUGGAGUUCAAUCUAUUCCUAUGAAAAGGAAUAAGGACCACAGGAAUAACCAAGACAGAAUUGCUGACAACUCAUCUAUGCUUUCAAGGUUAUCACCAACAGAAAAGGAUAUGGAAGAAUUGUUGGUUUUGAGAGAACAAGUUCUGGAUCUACAAAGGAAGUUAUCAGAGAAAGAUGAACUUCUGAAGUCAGCAGAGAUCUCAAAAACUGAGAUUCUGGCCAAGCUAAAUGAAUUGAAAACUGAAGCAGCAGAAAAGGAGUUUUUACUAAAUUCCACCCAAGUACAACUUGCUGAUACAAAGAUUAAGCUAGCUGACAAACAAGCAGCUGUGGAGAAGUUACAAUGGGAAGCAAUGACAUCCAAUCAACGUGUUGAACAGCUACAGAAAGAUCUUAAAGGGGUGCAAGGAGAAAUUUCAUCAUUUAUGCUGGUAUUUGAAGGGUUGGCAAGAAACGUUUCUACCCUUUCUGCUAAAGAUUAUGAUGCUGUAUCUUGUGCUUCAGAUCACAAUCCUGAUCUUGAUGACUUGGAUGAAAUUCAGAUGCAAAAACUAGAGGCAGCAAGAGAAGCAUAUGCCACUGCUGUUGCGGCUGCAAAAGUGAAGCAGGAUGAUGAGUCUAUUGCUGCAGCUGCAAGUGCGAGGAUGCAUCUGCAGUCGUUUGUUAUGAGAUCAAAGAGUUCCAGCGGUGGCAAAGGAAAUCCAAAUGAUGGAGUUUCAAGAAUUAUUGCAGAAACAGUUUCUAUUAGCUAAUUUAGGUGUACCUGCUUGAGGUGAUGAUUGUAGAUUUGGCUGCUUGUUGAUAAUUAGGUGCAUAUCGUUCUUUACUAAAGUGUGAGUGAACUAUUGCUCGUCAUUUCCUUUUCUUCUUGUGCUUUUACAUGUUGAAUGGAAACAAAAAAUGAAAUGUGUACUAAUUUGUGGUCAAUGUUACUUUCUUGAAUAGUGGUUACACGCCCAUAUUACAUGGUAUUAUUCUUCUUAA